CGGAGGCGCGGGCGGCGUGUGCGCGCGCGGGGCGCGCGCAGGCACAAGUAGUUUACAUUGUUGGGCGACUUUUGCAACAACUCGCCGCGCCGCGGCCUCCGCGCGCCGCCGCCGCCGCCGCCGCCGCCGGCUCCCCGCCGCCCGGGCCCCGGGCGGGCCGCGCCGGGGGCCGCCGCGCUGCCGCCCCGCUGCUCCGCCGCCGGCUGGGCAUGAGUUAGUCGCAGACAUGGACACCAAACAUUUCCUGCCGCUCGACUUCUCUACCCAGGUGAACUCUUCAUCCCUCAACUCUCCAACGGGCCGAGGCUCCAUGGCUGCCCCCUCACUGCACCCCUCCCUGGGUCCAGGAAUCGGCUCUCCACUGGGCUCCCCUGGGCAGCUGCACUCGCCUAUCAGCACCCUGAGCUCUCCCAUCAAUGGCAUGGGUCCACCCUUCUCUGUCAUCAGCUCCCCUAUGGGCCCGCACUCCAUGUCGGUACCCACCACACCCACAUUGGGCUUCGGGACUGGUAGCCCCCAGCUCAACUCACCCAUGAACCCCGUGAACAGCAGUGAGGAUAUCAAGCCCCCACUAGGCCUCAAUGGCGUCCUCAAGGUUCCUGCCCACCCCUCAGGAAAUAUGGCAUCUUUUACCAAGCACAUCUGUGCUAUCUGUGGGGACCGCUCCUCAGGCAAACACUAUGGGGUGUACAGUUGUGAGGGCUGCAAGGGCUUCUUCAAGAGGACAGUACGCAAAGACCUGACCUAUACCUGCCGAGACAACAAGGACUGCCUGAUCGAUAAGAGACAGCGGAACCGGUGUCAGUACUGCCGCUACCAGAAGUGCCUGGCCAUGGGCAUGAAGCGGGAAGCUGUGCAGGAGGAGCGGCAGCGAGGCAAGGACCGGAAUGAGAAUGAGGUGGAGUCCACCAGCAGCGCCAACGAGGACAUGCCUGUGGAGAAGAUUCUGGAAGCGGAGCUCGCUGUUGAGCCCAAGACUGAGACAUACGUGGAGGCAAACAUGGGGCUGAACCCCAGCUCACCAAAUGACCCUGUUACCAACAUCUGUCAAGCAGCAGACAAGCAGCUCUUCACUCUUGUGGAGUGGGCCAAGAGGAUCCCACAUUUCUCUGAGCUGCCCCUGGACGACCAGGUCAUCCUGCUACGGGCAGGCUGGAACGAGCUUCUGAUCGCCUCCUUUUCGCACCGCUCCAUAGCUGUGAAGGACGGGAUCCUCCUUGCCACCGGCCUGCACGUGCACCGGAACAGUGCUCACAGUGCCGGGGUGGGCGCCAUCUUUGACAGGGUACUAACAGAGCUGGUGUCUAAGAUGCGUGACAUGCAGAUGGACAAGACGGAGCUGGGCUGCCUGCGAGCCAUCGUCCUGUUCAAUCCUGAUUCUAAGGGGCUCUCAAACCCUGCUGAGGUGGAGGCGCUGAGGGAGAAGGUGUACGCAUCACUAGAGGCAUACUGCAAACACAAGUACCCCGAGCAGCCGGGCAGGUUUGCCAAGCUGCUGCUCCGCCUGCCUGCACUGCGUUCCAUCGGGCUCAAGUGCCUGGAGCACCUGUUCUUCUUCAAGCUCAUCGGGGACACGCCCAUCGACACCUUCCUCAUGGAGAUGCUGGAGGCCCCACAUCAAGCCACCUAGGCCCCUGCCUCCCAUGUGCCAGUCCCGCGCCCUGCCUGGACACAGCUGCUCAGCUCCAGCCCUGUCCCUGCCCUUUCUGAUGGCCCGUGUGGAUCUUUGGGGUGCAGUGUCCCUAUGGUCCCAAAAGAUGCAUCACCAUCGUCGCAUUCUUAUUAAUGCUUGCCUUUGGCCCAGGGCCGCGGCCGAGCUGGUGUGACACCUAGCCAGCCCCCUGCCCUACAUCAGGCUCUAAGGCUAUGCUGCUGUCGCCCUGAGAGCCUUGGGGUACUUUGUGGGGUCUUCAGCCCCUGGAGCUGCCAGAGCUGGGAGAAGGGCUUGUUCUGGUUGCUGUUUGCUGUCGCUGGUUUUCGACAUGCCCACGUGGCACCUCUCUUUGGAAUGCUCCAUCUUUACCUGUUCAGAGUCCUGGUACCCAGUUAGGAUGGGAAUCCACCUGGGGUCAAGAGGGAGCAGGUGGGACAGGUUGUAUCCUCCUGGGUCAUAGCUAACCCGGAAAGCCUGUUUUCAAAGAUACCCUGAGAUAUCACUCCGAGGAGCAGAAUUUUGGGACCACCUCAAGGCCACGUGGGCUGGAGGUCCUCUGUCAUGUCCCCUGUCAUGUGUCACCAACCCAGGGUUAGCCGACUAUAGUAGCCUGGCUUUGCCGCCACAGUUCUUCCCUUCUGGUCUGCAAGGUGGCACCAUGGAUCAUCCUGGAGGGCUGCCCUGGCUCAGUGGCCCUGUGGGACACUGGCUAUCCUGAGGCUCAGGGAAGAGAGGAGGGCUGUUGUCUGGUUUCUGGAAAGGGGGUCUGAGGGACCUGGAGAUGAACUGUGCAGACAUGGCAGGUGACUGUCCUGGUGUGGCUGACUCAGCAGGCUCUGUGUGGGACUCUAGCAUGGGCCCUUUCUUGGACUGGCUACUUCAGUUAGAAUCCUGACAGGGACUUUCUGGGACUCCCUCUGGUAUGAUGGUGUCUGUGGGCAGUGUUUGUUCAGAAUCUUACCCAAGGGUUCUGUCACACCUGCUAAGAUGGCAGGCUGCAGACUCGGGCUUCAGCCAGCCUUGUCCCAUGUGCCUCUCCAGUUGACGAGCCUUGUUUGCACUGUGGGGCCGCCUUGGGUGCCAGUCUUCAUGAUCUAGUCUCAGACUGCAGGGGCCCAGGUUUGUCAGGAGUAGGUGCCUUAGUGGGCAUGUCCAUACUGCCUUCCCAACAGCUGGUCUCCCAUUGGUCUGUGGGCCGGGAGGGGAGGGCCCUCAUGAAAGAGAACAUCUAAGGGAUUGGACCUAGAAGUGGUGGCUGGGAGGAGCCAGUUUCCUGGGCUCUGUGGGGAAGGACACAUUGAGUUUUCACCUUUCAAAAUCUCAAACCAUUGCCAGCAGAGGCACCUAUAACAGGUUCCAGAAACAUCUUCCCUGUACCCCUUCUCUCCAUGUAGUGGCAUGGGGGACGUCUGUGGGAGACAUCACAGAUCCCAGGACCAGGCUUUCCUAGAAAAUCUGUACAGCCUUUGGGGCUGGUAGCAGCAGGCAGAGGAGCGGAUUCCCCAGUCCAUCCCCAGCACCGUGCCUUCUGCAGACCUUCUCUCCACUGCUCAUGUCAGCCCUGCUCUACACUGUGCUCUGCCCUCUGAGCCACUGAGGAUGCUCAGCCGUUCCAGCAGAGAAAGUCCUGGGGCCGAGUCAUGCCUGGCCUUGGCUGGCUGUCAGGCUUUGACUGCAAGCCCACUGGCCCACAUAGCCUUACCUGCCACUGCUUGUCACUAUAGAGUCCCUGGUGAGCUUUCCGCUCCUUUAGCCUCACUGUUGCUGCCAUUGGAGGCAGUGCUGUUUGUUUGCAGCGGUGGUGUGGAUGUGGUGGAACUAAGGAGAAAAUUGGGGCUUCAUUUAACCAGACCGUCAGUCAUGUUACCAAUCUGGCUCAAUUAAGGUGAUUGUAAUUACUAUUGUUAUUUUGGUGAAACAAUCUUUAAUUUUCUAAAGAUAGCACUAACAUCAGCUCAUUAGCCACCUUGUGCCCAUCCCCACUUCAGCCUGGUUGGAUGACAGCUGCUACCAAUGGUCACGUGACUUCCACACUGCAGCUUCUGGGCCAUAUUCCUCAUCCGUGUCACCACCCUGCUUGGAGAUUCAUUUGGGGCUCCUGUGACAGAGAAGUGAAGAUGACCACAGGGCCUGUGGCAGCUGCCAGCCCAUGUCACCUUGAAACCACAGUCACUGGGGGAAUUUGGUCCCAUGCCCUCAGUUUCCCAAACUACAGCAUCCCCAAGGAUACUGGGUGACUUGGUGACAGUGCCAAGAGACCUCGAGCCCCCUCCCCUGGCAUCCCAGGAUACCCGGCCAAAGCAGGCAACCAAUGGCUAGUCAUCUGCUGUCCCUACCUUAGAACUGGGGCGGGUGACCUGGUCCCCAUGCACGCAGGUGUGUGGUGUGAACAUGGACGUGCUUUACAGAGACUGCAGAGGCUGCCCACCAGCGACCGGAGUUGUGCAGCACAGUUGCUGAUGUUUUGUGUUCCUUUUAAUCAAGACUUUCCCAUUUUCCUGUACAGUUGCUUCUUGUGAGCAAGGACCCGAGGUCCCCCUGUGGGGAAGCCGGGCUCUGGCAACUCUCUGGAGGCAGGGGAUGCAUCUAUUUUCAGAUGCUUCAGGGCUAGAGUGCCCCGAUCUCUAGCCAUGCCUUAGCUGGGAUGUGCGGCCACCGUGGGGGAGGAUGCCGCGUCCGCAGGGAGUAGAUAGAGGAAUGUUUAACGCACCGGGAAGGGUAAAUGAAUCUAUUUUUGUACAAAUGUAAUUUUAUCCCUCAUGUAAACUGGAUGGCAUGGCGGGGGACCUGUUUUGUUUCUGCUUUGAGUGUCAAGAAGCGUUGGGACACCCUGACGCCACCGAGAAGGCAGAGGAGGCCCUUACCAGGAGGCUGAAGCUCGUGAGAACAGCACAGACAGACACUUCCUUUGGUGGGAGGGAGGGCCACAACGGGCAGGGUUUCCUUCCCCUUCUUGGUGAUUUGAACAACCUUGCUCUGUCCUCGGUGCCUGCCUGCCGGCCUCUGCAGCUCCUCUGACUGUGAACUGACUUCCCUGUGUAACUGCUCUCUGGGACAUUGUGACGCCGGGGGGUUGAUGAACAGCAGUCUCAGGAUUGUAGAAAAGAAACAAAAAGUGAGAGGAGAGACAAAUACGAGCGUUUCAAAAUAUAUCUCCACUCAGUUCUCAUCUG